AUGGAAGCGCGAGAUCUCUUGAGGCUUCCGGAAAUUCUCCAAAAUGUCUUCGAACAGCUUGACUCGGAUGGCCCGUCCUUAUUUGCUGUCGUCCAAGUCAACAAAACGUGGUUCCUUAACGGCAUAGCCGUUCUGUGGCAGAAGGCAAAUACCGAUGCCCUCGCUCAGGUCUCUGAGGAGCGUCGCCAAAUAUAUGCCUCAUGCAUCCAUAAGUUAAUCUUCAAUGGUCCUGGAGAUGAAGCAUACUACAUGUCGUUUCAGGACCUUGUUUUUACCAACCUACGUGAAGUCUCAAUCGAUUCAUAUCGUCCCAAAAAUGGGCAUCGGCCGAAUCUAUUGCCAUUGCUUCCCCCGACCUUAGAGGAAUUUUCGUUUUACGGAGGCGACCUUGGCUUCGAAGUUUUGGAUCACUUACGGACAAAUUGUCGACGACUACGAUCUAUUUUAAUCGAUUCCCCUGGCUCCGAUAUUACGCCUACGGCCUUUCUGAAUUUCCUUCGCAGCUGCCCAAUAUUGGAGAGUUUGACCUUCGUCGUCAGAAUGGAACAUCUACUUCCUCCAGAAACCAUAUUACACCUCUUUUCACGGAAAAAUCUGAGGAGCUUGGAGAUCUCAGCUAUGAUCAAAGAAGAUCUUCUGGAUCAGAUAUCAGCUACUAUUGACACUCCGCUCCCUAUGAUCGAGCGACUUAUUCUGCCUAUCACAGCAUCUGCUAUUCCCACGAUGAUAACACUCCUCGAGCCACGACAUUCUCUCCGAGAGCUAUCUUUGUCUAUCGACGGGACGACGCGAGAUAUAUUUACCCACAUCUCGCGACUAACAAGCUUGGAAAAACUUGAGCUCAAAUUUCGCCAGGAGGCGGAACUAUCCUCUAGAGAUCUCGCUUCAUUGAAGCAAUUAACCCUCUUACAAAAGCUCAGCAUUGUGACCGAUUCUUGGUAUGGUCUCAAUACCUCAUCCAUUCACGCAAUGGACUGGACAGACACAGACUUUGACGCAGCGAUUUCACAUAUGCCUCGCUUAAGGCAUCUCGAGCUGCAAGUCCAAUGCCCACUAUUUGUUGCCGCUGUGGCAUCGCUGAGCCAUCAUUGUCGCUCCUUGGAGACAUGCGAGAUGCCUCAAAUUUUCAAUUUCAACAUGUGGCCGGAUCGUGAUGAGAUAUGGUUCCCAAAUCUGCAAGAGCUUUGGAUUGGUGGUUUUGACAACGAUGGUGAUGAUCAGAAUACCCAAAACGAUCCGCGGGAAUUCGCGGCCAAACUCAAAGCUAAAUGCCCUCGACUUCAAGACCUUAAUGUCUACAGUGAAGACCCAUACACGGAAGCAGUGGCAGCGGCAUUUAACGCGUUAGACUAG